AUGAAGUACAUCCGUUUUCUAAAGGCUACCAAAUUGGAGUCUGGUCGCGUUUCGUCUCUUAUUACCAUCACAUCCGACCUCGGAGAGUCUUUCUACCAGGACAAUGUCAACAUUCAUCUGAGCGCCUGUGCGCCGUUUCCCGAUGAGACUGUAUUCGCUCGGAAAACGGUACGAUGGGUAGCAGGAAUGCGCGCACUGCCUAUCAUGCUAGACCUAGAUAGAAGGUGGCACGACCAACCGUUCCAAGUCCGCGCCUCUGUAUUCCCUAAUGGUCUGGCCGACAGACUGGGGAUAGAGCAAGGCACGCUUCAGCUACCCGCCGUUUUAUCCGCAUGGAGUGACGUUCUCAGGGCCACAGAUCUGAGGAACGGUAGGAAGGGGGAGCGUUGGACGGCGGAGAGGAGGAUCGAAGUGUCCAGUCACCGAAUAGUACGAUGUUGGGAAGAUAUCGGCGAAACGAUUGUUGGACAUAUCUGGGAUGCCGGGGUUGCCAUGUCCGCAUUUAUAGCAAGUCUGGCAUCGACUUCGGGCCCGCCACAAGGAGUAGGAUUGUUGGAGGAUCUGUUAGAGCUCCUGAAAACCCCUCCUGCUUCCCGACCCCUCCGAAUAAUCGAACUGGGCACUGGAACGGGGAUUCUAGGAUUGACAUUUGCGCAAUGUAUCCCGAACGCUUCGUUAGUGUUGACAGACGAAGAGUCCGGAAAGACAUUGGCGCAACGAAGCAUUACUGCUACCCUAGGUGGAUCUUCCGCGUUAGAGCGACAAACAUAUGUUGAUAGUGGUCAAGGAGCCAGUGCACGCUUUGAACCCCUUGUUUGGGGUGUGCAGGUUCCUAAAGAUCUGUCGACAGAUACAGGUGAUCCGUGGGACAUCAUCUGCGCUUCGGAUUGCACAUACAACUCCGAUAGUUCCCCGGCAUUGGUCUCAACCAUGGCCGAACUGGCCGGGCAACGACGCGAUGGACGCGAUCCAUUGAUCGUUGUUGGCAUGAAGCGUCGACAUGAUAGUGAAGAAGUGUUCUUUGACCUCAUGGAAAAGUCCGGGUUUGAGGUCCGGGACAAAGCUACCAUACCACUCGCCCCUGCUGGAGCCGAUGUCGAAGAAGAGGUGGAAGUGUGGCUGUUUGGAUUACAUAGCUGA